GGCCUCGACUUCACUACCCGCAUCAACUUUGGCGGAUCAUCAGAGAUUGUUGCUGAAUUGCCACCUAUGCCUGGUCAGGCAUGCCUGAACCCCAACCCGAAGAACUUGGUGCUGUCCGGAUUGGCUGCAUGCACAAGCAUGACCUUGCAGCAUUUCACCUCUACCUUGGUCAAGGACGGCAAACUUCCUGCGGACGCCUUGAAGGAGAUCAAAGUUGAAGUUCAAGACAAGUUUGAAGCCGGCAAACAAGUUCCGGACAGCAUCCACGUAUCGGUCGAUUUGGUCGGCAACCUCACUCCCGACCAGAAGAAGAUGAUCUUCCAGGCCAUCGGAUUCUGCCCGGUCAAGCAAAUGCUUAGUGGAAAGAUCACCGGAGGAAUCCAUGAUAAGCUCCUCUAAACUAGUGCAAUUGGCAUGUGCCCUAGCUACAACAUGUUACGAUUUCAGCUCAGAUGUGCAUCAUCAGUGUAUAAUUAAACUUGAAUCCAUUCUUUC